AUGGUCGACUUGACUUCAGAAUUCAGAAAAAUAGUCACUGAAAUAUUAAGUAAUAAUUCUACUUUAGAAAAAGAGAAAAAGAAACAACGUAAUGAUAUAUUGCCACCAGCUAAAAAGAAUGCCAGAGAAGUACAAGACGAGUUUCUAAAAGAAGCUUACCGAAUAGCUUUCCAUAUCAAUAAUUUAAAGAUAUUUUUACUUUCAAUUCGAAAAGCUUAUUUAAAUACUUCUUCGCGGCAGUUAAAACCUGUCUAUAAUUAUCUUAGUCCAUCUGCAUCCGAUAAUAAAGAUAAAUUUUUUUUAACGAAAUUUGAUCCUUCUACAACUUUAACAGAUAAAGAACGGGAUGAAAUUGAUUUACAUGCUAAAAUUGUUAUACAACAAUGUUUAGAUCGAAUCAAGAAAUUGGAAGAGUCUGAACAAAAACGACAAAAUUCAAUUAUGAAUAAUACAUGGAAUAAACUUUUAUCAACGGCUUUUUCGAUUGAGCAUGAUAUGUUGGCAGCCAUUCGCAGUAGUAUAACAUGGUAUUUAAACAAACGAUUAACUGAAAUAUCAAAAAUACAAAAAGACCAACAGGAAACUAGGAUCAUGAAAGAAAUCGAAAAACGUGAGAGUACAUUAUAUAAGUCAGCUUCAAUUAGGCCUUCUACUCCUUCACUUCAAAUGAUGAUAAAUGAAGAAAAGGAGAUAUCAGAAAAAAAUGAUAGGGGAUUAAAUAGAGGUACAAUAGGAGAAGAAGAGGAUGAUGAAAUAGAACAAAGUUUAACAGCAGAACAAAAAAUGAUGUUGGAAAUGGAAAAUGAAACAAUGAUGAAAGAAUUAGCUACUGCUCUGGAGCAAGUCAAUCAAGCAGAAAAAGCAUUAUUAGAGAUAUCAAAUUUACAAACAGUUCUUUCAAAUCAUUUAGCAGUUCAAACACAACAAACAGAUAAAUUAUAUGCUGAAGCUAUUGCCACUACUGAUAGAGUACAAGAAGGAAAUUUAAUGUUGCAUCAAGCAAGACAGAGAGCUUCUGAUACGAGAAAAUGGAUUUUAAUCUUUUUAAUAAUAGCUAGUUUCAUUUUAUUAUUCUUGGAUUGGUACGAUUAA